AUAAAAAACUAAAUUUUAAUACAACAAACUUGAUUUUUAUGUCGUAGAAAUUACAAUUAUAUGUUAAAAUUAGAAAAUACUUUGGAUAAGAAAAAUCGUGCGAACAACGAAUCUUUUUCUGACUCGUGUCUGCGAAUAGACAAUUUCUUUCUUUCCGACAUUUAUUCAGAACGCUUCGUUUCAAUAGAAAGUACACGUGUGUUGAUAAGCCGAUUCGUAUGCAAAGUACUGCAUUUCGGUUAAUCAACGAAUUGAACAACUGGCGCUGCGAUAACAACCAUAUCGAUAAAAUAAGGGCCGUAUCAACUGAUUACGCCAGUCGUCUUUUCUCUAUUCAGUGGUUGAUGUCCGAGAGAGAAUGCAAAAUCCUUGGCUGAAUCCAAGGAGUGAUCACGUUUCGAGCAUACGCGUUCGCGAGAAGAUCUAUUUUUACUCGUGCAGAGGGAAUUUUGAGAAUUUCUUUUUUUUUUUUAUUUCCCAACGGAUGUAAACGGGACUCGGAUUGCGACGGUACUGCGCCACGACGACUAUUGCCACGAUGGCCGAGGAGACUGACACAACCGAUAAAGCGACGAUGGAAAGUAUAGCGCAAAAUAUACUCGAGGUCAGUACCGGAGGAGGGUCUGCGUCGAACGAAGUAGCCGCAUUAGAGUUCCAAGCCUCGCAGGUGAUAUCAAGGCUCGAGGAGGCUGUCGAAAGGGCAGCCGACGGUGGUGGCACCACCUGGAACAAUCCCUCGGGCUUUCUCUCCCAGUCGAAAACUCCAGACGAGAUAUUAACUUUAAUUCAGGAUUUAGUAAUUCACGAAGACGCUCCGCAGCCGGUGAAGGACGGUUCAACGGAAACGGCGAGUCAAGUGACCACACUACCAACGCUGACAGAGUCAGCGAAAUUAGCAUUAAUCGCACACACUAUUUCCGCUUACUCGCUUGCACUUCCGAAAUCGCACGCUCAGAGAUUAGCCGGUCGACUGGCCGCGGAUACAACCAGAUGGCUGAGUCAUAUUUUCCGUUUCGUCGAUUGUGCCUCCUCGUUUCACGAAGAUCAUCUGGAAGGUUUGGUCCGGGUGACCAGGUUGGCUCUACACCGGAAGUAUCCUCGAUACAUGGAGGAAGGUUUUACCGCACUUGCGGCCUCUCCACCUUUAAUUUACAGCUCUGUGGCCGCACCUUUAGGCGUGGUUCAACAUCUGUGCAAACAGCUGUCUUUGCCGCUUCAUUGCGUAAGACCCAUCCCCCAUAAUACGAUGUUUGGAUCACGGUAUAGUAUGGACGUGUCAGCUCUAGAACGCCGGCUAGCGGAAGAUACGCAAUCAAAUAGCGUGACGCCCCUUUUGGUAUUAGCCGAAGCGGGCUCGGUGUUAACGGGACAUUGCGACAAUAUCGCUAGACUGCGAGCAAUUUGCGAUAAGUACAAUGUCUGGCUCCAUCUUAGAGGUCAUUCUUUAGCCGCGUUAACGUUGAAUAAUUCUACAAAGGAUCUGACGUUAUACAGAUUAACGGACAUAAAAGGUGGUCGCCCAACUCCAAGGGACACAACUUUGUCUUUGGUAUCGGGUUUAAUGACAGAUUCGCUGUCAAGGCGUUUACCAACUUUGCCAUUGUGGGCCACGUUGCAGGUACUAGGCAGGGACGGUGUACAUAACAGACUGAAGAGGUGCUUCUUGGCUGUGGAAGAUUUAUAUAAUAAGAUUAAGAAAUUCUCUUGUAUAAGAAUACUGGUAAUUGAUCCGAAUAAUAAUAUUCAUUUUUAUAAAUGGAAGUCGCUUCAAAUUAUGCGAUCUGUUUUCCAGAGUCAGCCACCUGGGGGUGAAACAGGGUCCUAUACCAUAAACGAACUUCUAACAAACCCCGUAAACAAUCCACAAUUAUUCGAAGCCGUAGCCAGCGCAUUAGUGUUCCAAUUUGUACCUGCAGAUAGAGAUCCACAGACAACAGAGCGUGUCCCUCCUUAUUACGACAAAUUAAAUUCCUGGUUGGGACAAAUCCUUCAGAGAGAUAUCGAAAACGUACAAAUAGAGCUGUGUGAGAUAGAACAUCAUGGUAUUGCAAUUCGUAUUUGUCCUCUAGAGAAUCCGGAGCAACCUCCUACAACCGAGGACAUAGAUAACGUAGUUGCUUGUUUGGAGCAGCAGAUAGAAAUUUUACAAGCAACAGUUGAGCACAAAGCAACGUUUGUGCGAUUAGUCUCGGAGAAUGACUCUUUACAUUUGGUAGAAAUGCCUGGUUGGGCAGGUUUAGGCGGUGUACGAUACGCUCCUCCUACUUGGAUCCACGUCAUGACCGACCAAGCUAAGGAAGAACUGAACAGAUUAAACACGCAAUUAGUCGAAGCUUUACGAAAUACAGACGCGGCAUUUUCUCUGGGAGAAGGUGCCGACGGCUUAGCUUGUGUACGAUUUGGAAUGGUCACGCAAGACACUGACGUGGCGGAAUUACUAUCUUUAGUUCUACAAGUUGGUCAAGAAGUGGAAGCUAGCUCCAAAUUAUUGGAUACUAUAUCCGAAGUGGUGAAAAGAGGUAUCGAGGCAGCGCAGACAGAUUUGGAAAGAGAAAACGCUGAAAAACUAUGGCAAGAAGGUAUUCUUAGACACGUACCUGUCGUUGGAACUUUCGUCAAUUGGUGGAGUCCCCCUUCAAAAGAGACUGGAGUCCGUGGACGUAGUUUGAAUUUACAAGCCGGAGUUGUUGAGAGUACAGAGAACAUUUACAAAUAUCACAUGCAAUUGCAACCCAACUCCACAGUGAUCAAUGGAUCUGGUGCUAGAACUCCACCGCAGCCUCUUGUACAGACUCCAGUUGGCGCAGGUAGCCAAAGUCAUAGUCGUUCGUCAAGCCAUUCCAGUUUGCAGAGUGGCAAAAGUAUCUCUGUAAUCACAAAUGCCGUAUCUCAUCCGCAAGUGAAGGAGGAAUCUGGUGAGGUGAAGUCGUAG